ACACCUUCAGUGUUCUCUUUGCCGCGGGCGCGGGCACAUCGUUAGGUAUAUACAUGUAACGUAUAAACAGAAGACCGCUCGCCUUCGUGCUUGCUCGGUCUGGCUCGUCCGAGCGCUUCGGGCGGCCGCCCCCGCCUUCUUCGCGCUCGCUCUCCGUCCGUUCGUCGCGCGAACGAUAAAUAGAGCGGGGCUGCAGCUUAUACUCUCCGCUGUGCGAUUAAUCGACGGUGCCACCGGGGGAGUCUCCGGCCACGAGUGCGUCGGAAUCGAACGGAAUCCGAACAAGCGACAUUGCGUCUCUGCUCGCUUUCGUCAGGAUAUGAGAAACAUGAACACACAUACAAACGGCUGGUAACGGCGAUGACGCGCGGCCGAUGUCCUGGCAUCGAGGAUUUCGCGUUCGAUCCCUAGUCCUAGGACGACCGUUCGGCGCCUGACGUCAAGUAUGUCGCGUGAGUAGCCUGAAUCAAGCCGAACGACUCUGGAGUUCGCGCGUAGCUUUCUCGAUAGUCGCCAAGUUCGCGGCGCGAGUGACGUCGCACGAACUCACGCGUCAUUUGUUAAAAUGGACCUGCCGGGUGCAAUAUUACGUCGCGACGCCGCUGACAGGUAGUCGUUAUUGAAGCAGCGUCCUGUAUUGCGUCGCGACGCUACACGUAUAUUUGUGUUGUUAUUACAGCAACAUGCCGAUCAUAAUGUUGCGUUUUGACGCCGCGCGAAUACUUGUCUCGUCGUUGAAAUAACGAGAGAUUGUUCAUGGAUAUCGUGUCAUUGUUAAGAAAAGCUGGGACAAGGAUUACGUCACGACAUUGUGCAAAUAUUCUAUGUCAUCAUCAAUAAAGUGAAUUGGAGUAAAUUUCGAGAUACGCGUCCUGUCAACCGAAUAUCGCGAAAAAUCGUACAUUGAUCGAGAUUCGCGAUCGGCGUCGAGCCAAUCAGAAACAAUCGCGUAUGCGUCGAAAUCGUAACCUUAGACAUCUCCCAUCGGUCCUCGCGAGUGCAUCGAGUGCGUGAGAAAGUGCAGCAGGGUGCCGGAGGAGGUUAGCCGAGGCCGACACCCACCGAGCGAAGUCGAUCAGCUGUUUCGCGGCGCCGACAUCAUCGUCCUUUCGGCAGGUAGUGAUACUACUCUACCGAUGCUACUUUACCGAGGAGACACUCCAGACAUCGUUACUUCGAGUACUUCUUAGCGCGAACGUGAAGGAAAAAGGGACGAUGCUGUCGUACAUGCUGCCGACGGAGGACAAGCCACCACCCAGCAGCCAGCAGAACAAUUAUCGCCCGACCGGCAAGCUGCAGAAGAGCACUGCCGUGGUGAGCACCACAUCGCCCAGGAACUGCGCGGACGCGACUAGAACGAUGAUCGUCUCUACCAGGAUCGAGGAUUCGUCUGGCGAUCCUACCGCCCGGCACGGUUCUUCCCCUCAUCCGGCCUCUCGACCGAUCGAGAGUCCGAAGCACAACGGCACCACCAUCGCCACCGUCACCAAUACCACGAGGAAGUCGACCCUGCACAAUGCCAACAGAGUCACCAAGGACGAUAGCCUCUAUAGCAUCGACAGCGAGGCCAGCACCGCCGGCAGCGAGCGCAAGAACAAGAUCCUGAAUGGUGCGAAGCACGCCAGCUUGAAAAGGGUAUCCUUUGGCUCAAGCAAAGGAUCCAUGGUGGAAACCCUCGUCUACGAAACACCAGUGCAAGAGGAACCUGAGAUCAAUCAUUUCCUGGACCACAACGGUCGUCUACCUCCUCCUAUGAUACCUGUGCCUGAUACUGACGAAGGCAGAGAAAAAGUACGCGUCUCGUUGUUAGGUCCACAACCGUCGCCGGCGACGCCCGGCGUCCUCUUACUGGAGCCGAUAACGCAUUUGACAGGACAUCCGAUAAACAUGGCCAACAAUCCCGCGGAACUUUUGACCACGCACACCGAGCACACUACGCCCGCCUACCACGCGCAGAUCAGCACGGACAGUGGCUGGGACAAUCCGUUCAGGCCGGAUGGCGAUCUAUCCCGGGAGGCCGAUGAGAUCGUCGAGCUGAUAAAAGGCGGGAAACCGAUCACGCCAACCCCGGGUCAAAACGCACCGCCGUUGCCGGGAUGCGACGCCACUGGCAAAUCGGCCGAACAUGACUCAUCGAGUACCAGUCCGCUCCUCAAAUCCGCGAACUGUCACUCAUCACCCAGGCCCGGUCAAGAGAACGGCAGCGCUCACGGUGGCACCCCCGCUAAGGGCGGGAGCAAUCAACAACAUGUUAAUGAAAAGCCAUUUGUUAAGAUGGAAUAUUUCGAUACUCCAGGUCGCCGCGUCGUCGAGGACCGCGACCGUGGAGGUCGCAAGGAUGACGGCGCAGGGUCCGGGCGACGCGUCACAGGUCGAGCAUGUCACCCUGAAGAAGAAGCCUAAGUGCAAGUGCUGCGUGCUGCAGUAAUGACCGCGCGACGCAGGCGGCAGAGACGUGCACGCGAGAGACGGACCCUCCUCCACUGUCGGGAGCGUGAUCCUAGGAACUCUUCGGCUUCGAGGCUUCCGUAGAAGUCGCGGCUGGACAGCUCGAAGCGUUGAAGAGCGCGAGACGAGAGACGCGCCAAGGAAGCGUCGAUGAAGGAACAGCUUGGAGAGAAAUGUCUCGAAGGAGAUGCCGAUGGACGUUCCGACCACGAAGAAAGCGCCAGCACUCUGGACAUGCUUGGGACCUGAAGACAGAAGAUGACUUCUCGGAAAGGCAAAAGAGAGUUUCGUCUUUAAGAUGGUAAAAAAAAAAACGAUAUUGGAAAAAAGUGGGAAGAUAUGUUUGAAAUGAAAAGAAUAUGUAUGAUUGCGGGGGGGGGGGGGAUAGAUAAGAAAAUCACAGGUUGCUGAAAACCUGAAAGUUGAAAUGGAUGAUGAAUCGAAUGAGAUGUCCAAGAAAUUUCGCGUUUUCUAAUCGCGAAGAAGUUCGAUGAAGGGAAACGGGAAGCAAUACUUCAAGGGAAACGCGAAAGUUUUAAUCAAUCAGCAUAUUAGAUUGAUCAAAACUUGAAAAACGAAGGCAACAGACAAGUUUGAAGAGGCUGAGAAAAUUGAAAUUUCUUUUAGGAUAUCUUGAAAAUAACGAUAAAAGUUAAUUCUUGCGAAGGAAGAUUGAACUCUCAUUAAAUUAUCUCCGAGCACGAGAAAGAAUUUCAUGGUCCACGAGGAGGACUAAACGAGAGGAAAAAUAGUGCGCGAACGAACAUUGAACCGUUUCUCGAGACAGUGACACGUUUUACGAUAGCGCGAAGGACCGAAAAGAUAGAAAAGAAACGGAGAGAAAAAAGAAAGAGAAAAAAAGAAAUCUAUAUAUAUAUAUAUAUAUAUUAUACAUACAAAACUAUAUUGUAGAUACAGAAUGGUAGCUGUAUAGCUUAUAUGCUUUUACUAUCGUGGUUAAUUAUCGUCAGGAUUAUCGUGAUUUCGAGAAUGCAUCGUGCGCGUAGAACGAUAGAGUAAGAGAAAGAAAGAAUGCGUGAGAGAAAGCGCGAAUGUACGAAGAUGACGAUGAAUGAAAUGAUUAGAGCGAAGAGGGGAGUGCGCGACAAGGCAUGUAAAGUUCCGCAUGACGUCAUUCGUUCAGUAGAUCUCGGUGCGAGACACAUCGUCGUAUGAGGAAGCUAACUCAGCGGCUUCGAUCAUUCUUUAAUGCACUGUGAAAGGUAUUCGAUGCAUUAAACAUCAUUGUGUACAGAAUAUGCCAGAUACACCGUAGUCUAUUGUGUCUAUGAAUUCGUUUAUCAGUUUAGAGUUAAUUUUCAUUAUUUUAUGGAUUUUACGAUUUUAUUUUCUCUCAGUAUUUUACAUUUAUAAUUCAAGAACUAGCUUAUAUUGUCAAGAGAGAAUUCGCGAUUUUUAACACCUUGUGUAACAGUAAAGCGUUUUAUUUUAUUAAAUUCAUCGGAGGAUUUCGUAAAUAAAAUUUUUCUCCUCUCUAUAUUUCUCAUUCUAUCGUUUCUUAUUGUUUCACGACUUUUGGUUCGAAGAAUUAUUACUCUUGUCAAUUUGCGCUUUUGCUUACUUUUAUUGCAUUUCUGGAAAAUGCGUAUUGUAAAAUUUUGACAUACGAUAAAAUUAUCACAUUUGUGAAGGUUGAUGCUGAUUCCGUAACCACUAUGUAAUAUAAGGCAGCUCGUUGGUAGUAUUUCUAAUUUUAUCUACGAAAUCCUAAAGAGAAGGUUAUUUUUGCGCGGAUACAAAUGGCGUUUAACGUUAAAUGAUAUUAAAUGGUGUGGUUCUAAUAAAUUUAUUUCUUUAGAUCCCUCUCCGCAUGUCUCUUUCAUAACAUAUCGUUGAAUCAGUUGUUGGUUGCCCUUAUAUCGAUAAGUCAGCCUCAAUUUUGUUCGCUAAAAUAAUCUCGAAUUUUUUUACGAUUGACGUAUGUGAAUUUUUUAUUAUGACAAAUUAUGCAAAUUUUCGAUUUUAUUGCGCUAUUACGUUUUUUAGGGGCAAAUUCGAGAAAGAGAGAGAGAGAGAGAGAGAGAGAGUUAUUUCUCUUCUCUUACGAUCAUGAUGAACAGAAUUGCGCCUUCUUGAACAUGCCGAGGGUUCGAUCUUGAAACUUCGUUAUGUUUGACCGAGUACCCAAGUGCAUUUCGUUAAUUAUCGUCAUGGGCGCCGCUUGAAUUUUUCAUCGGGGCUCGCAUAUGCAGGAUCAUUGUUAGGUAUCUUCUGAAAUAUAAAAUCUUUUGGUCAGGAUUUUUUUAUACGUAUGUUGAAGUGUGCGUUUUAUUAAAUUGAAAAGAAUUUGCGAAGAUUCAUCUUUUAGUCUUUUAUUUAUACUUGAAUAUUAUCAAUACAGUAUUUUAUAAUAUUAAUUAAUAUGCGUUUGUUCGCCGCUUUCGUCAUUUUCGGAAACUCGAAUAAGUGCAAAUAUGUUUUCUUGCACUUUUCUCACGACGCCCAUGAUUUCUGUGUACCUGCGUUAAUGAGUUCCGCGUUCGAUCAGGGCGACUCGAUUUAAAAUUUACAAUUUGACGAUAGAUUGUAAUAUUAUAUAAUUUAAAUUUGCUAUUUAAAGAUACACAAUAGAGAAAAGAAUUGACUUCAUAUUGAGCACAGAAUCUGUCAUUAAAAUCGAGACACUUUAAUAUCAUUCGGCUCACUCUGAUCGACGGCGAAGCGGAAGUGCGUGAGGUGCCGGGGAGAGAAACCGAAUUGUUUGAACGGUGUCGAAGAUACUAUUUUCCUAAUUAACGAGCCGCUCGAGGGGGAAAUCUCGGCGCCUCCCUGCUUCUGCAAUGGCGAUUUUUAAUGGACGAAAACAAUUUAUUGUGCGAACUAGUCGAAGGUAUCGGGGGGUGUUAACUCUUCGUGGCGGCGAUGUAAAAAAAAAUAUCUUUUUAUCUUUUAUAUACAGGGUGUAUCCUAAAAAGUGGGAAGUAUUGCAAUGGGGGAUUCACGACAAUAAUUGUGUCCUGAAUCCCCAUUGCAAUACUUCCCACUUUUUAGGAUACACCCUGUAUAGUUGUUAUAAAUCCUAGUUGCGCAACAUAAUAUCAAGAGAAAAAGGAUAUUACUUCGUUGCAUGCGGAGUAUGAUACUAAGUCUGCUGGAAAUUUUAAUUUUGAAUUGUAAAAUAUGUGCUUCUUUUUAAAAACUAUUGCGAUAUUAAUCAUUUAUAUUAAACGAUAUUAUAAAAUAAUUCAAUUUUAAUCUCAUAGAGAAAAUAGUAUGCAACAGUAUCUUUACUUUUCCCAUUCUUUUAUCUGCUUCUUUCUUACAAUGUGCUUUCUCACAGCUUGUGUUAAUUCUCGAAAGGAUUCUCCGGACGUUUUGUAGGAUCCGGAAAUAUUCGAUAUUUCGCGUGCCGCGAAGAGCCGAUCGAGCGCAGUUUGCGCAGCGCAGUGCAAACGAGAGAGAUCUGUAACGCGCAUACCUACACACGAGAACCUCUUAACGUCUGUUCCCACGCAAAAUGUUGACUCUGCUGAGCUUACAGAUAUUAAACGAAUAUUAAAUGUCUUGUUAAAAAAAAAAAAAAAAA